GCGUCCUCCGAGCCUCCUCGCUCCGCCUCCAGGAAGCGGGGCCACGGUCGGUUCCCGGCUGCGGAAACGCCUCCUGCUCUCCGUGGGAAGGCUGUCGCUAUCUCUUUCUCACCGCUUCCCUCGCCCCGGCCCGCAUGGACAAUGGGAGCCUCGGCAGGGACUCGCGGCGGCCGCCCUCUUCCUUUCCCACAGUGGCAACGCCGGCGAGCGCGGGGGCUUUGCGGGCCAGCCCGUUAACGCUGUGCCUGAUUUCUUUGGUGUCAGCAUGGUUGUCCCCUUAUUAAGCCUUCAUGUCAAAUCUUUGGGAGCAAGCCCAACGGUGGCAGGAGUGGUGGGAUCUUUAUAUGGAGUGGUGCAGCUCUUUUCAAGCACCUUGGUGGGAUCCUGGAGUGAUGUAGUGGGAAGACCGUAUUGCCUACUUUCCUGCAUCCUCUUCAGUGCGUUGGGUUAUUUUUUCCUCAGCAUGUCCACCAAUGUGUUUUUAUUUGCUGUUGCCCGGAUUAUUGUUGGGAUUUUUAAACACACACACUCUGUUUCAAAAGUUUUCUUGUCUGACUUGGUUUCUGAGAGAGAGCGCCUUCUCGUCAUAGGACAUUUCAACGCAGCCUCCAAUUUUGGAUUCAUUCUGGGCCCAGUGGUUGGAGGCUACCUUACUGAGCUAGAGGGUGGCUUUUACUUGACAGCCUUCAUCUGUGCUUCAAUUUUCAUCUUGAAUGCCGGCCUUUGCUGGAUGCUGCUAUCUUAUGAAGAAAACAUAAAUGGUAACGGAUGGAUCCGUAGCAACAAAGCAAGAUCCAGUCCCUCAGCAGAAGCAAAACAAAUCCCGCCGAUUAAAUCUUUGUCCUGUGAAGCUGCAAAGUGUAAUAUUCUCGCUAGAUCAUCUUGGGCUGGAGUUGUAUUAAUGCCAAAGAAUCUUGGCAACAUCGCAAGCUCUGACUUGUGGGAUAUUUUUCUUGUACGACUACUGAUGUCUAUUGCAGUAAUGCUGUACCACAGCAACUUUGUCUUGGCACUUGAAGAAAGAUUUGGGAUGAGGCCUAAGCUCACUGGCUACCUCAUAAGCUACAGCAGCACACUUGGAGUAGUUGCUGGCUUUCUGCUUGGACCAAUUGCAAGACUGUAUCAGCACAAUAACUAUGCCAUUUUAUUACGAUCCACUAUCCUCACUUGUUUGUUGUUAAUGCUGUAUUCUUUAUCAGCCAGUGUAUGGACAGUGAUCUUUUCCUCCACAGUUCUAGCAUUUUCAACCACUGUUGGGCGCACUUGCAUUACUGACCUUGAGUUGACUCUUGGUGGGAAUCAGGCCAGUGGCACGCUUAUAGGCAUUGGUCAGUCUGUGUCAGCGGUGGGCCGCAUAGUUGCCCCUCUCCUCUCAGGAAUUGCUCAGGAGUUCAGUCCGUGUGGGCCCCCCAGUCUUGGAGUUGUGUUGGGGUUUGUUGCAGUUCUGAUUAUGUUUUUUAAUCAACCACGAUACUGUAGCGAUAGGAAUUCCAAACUGAAAGCUGUGUAGUAAGCAGCUUGUUGUGGACUUGAAUGACUAUCCAAACAAUUGAGAGAAAUGAGGAUAUGGUAUCAAAGUUCUGAAACACUGAAGUUCCAAUUAAUGCUUUCUGGAAGUAUGUUGCCAAGUCAUGUAGAUCAAGUUAUUUGUCGUCUGGACAAUACUACAGUGACAUUUGCACAGCUAGAGAUUGUUUCAGCCACUAGUGCAAACAAAAGCACAGCUCUGGCAUUUUUUUAAAAAAGGAAGAGCAACUUCUGCAGAUCCUGCCACCAGAUGUUUGAUACUACAGAUAGAGUUAUUACAGUUGUGCAUUACCUGUUGACCUUACAUUGAAGAAUAGAGCUUGUAAGGUGAACCUCAGAUUUGAAGAUAAAAUUAAAUUAAAUUUCAAAAUAUGUGAUAGAUCCUGAAGAGGUGCAGUCAAUUGCUGGAUAGGUACAGGAUAAGAAUGAGGCCUUCUUGCAGUGCUGAGAUCAUUGUGUAUACAUAAGCGGCACAGGUACCUGGCUGUGUACAAUUUGUGUAUGUUGUCUUUCACUAGUUCUUUCAUCCUUGCUCUGGAACCACAUUAGCAUUGUAGGUUGUAUUGGAUUCUUCCUGGGGUCCAGCGACCCAGGGGGGCAUAAAGCCAGAGCUGAAAUACACAGGAAAUACAUGGAGCUGAAAUACACAAAAACGCACAUUUGCUGUGCAUUCGAAGGAGGCUGUAACACCUGCCUCUUUAAUUCCUUGGACUUGACUUUUGACUCAGGUUGAUUGUUCUUUCCAGCAGUGCAAAGUGCUAUUUUCCAAAAGCUUUGUAGGUGCCCCUUAUACUUUGCCGUGGAGAAAUAGAGCAAGGGAGAUUGCCCUCCCACUGUAGAGAGAGCCUUGGGAAGGGUUGUGACUGGAGCACCCGCUAUGCCACUGACUACAGCCAAUUUCUAGGAGAGUUCACUUAGACCCCUGACUUAGCUCAGUUUUUCAAGGUUGUUAAGUACCAUUCAUGUGGCAGAUACGAAAAAGGGUUUCUAGUAUAAUUGGGUGCUACUGCUAUUGGAGUGAAAACUGGGGAGAUUGUCUAUAAGUUUGAUAAUGAUAAUAAUGAUAACUGCCACAAAGUUCAGAGUAGCAAACCUUUCUCCAGCGCAGUUCCACUUUUCUUGUUCGUUUUCUCAAAGCAACUUGAGCUUUUAAAAAUAGGUGUUUAUUGGCUUCAGGAAAAUCCCAGUUUUCGUACCACAGAUUAGCUGGCUGGUUUAACCAGCUGCAUUUGGAAUGCAAUAAAAUUAAGUUUGGACUCUUGAUCCACUAAAACAGCUUUCGCACAGGGCUGCACAGCUGCAACCCACCAAGCUGAACGUAGGCAACCAACAUUGUGUUAUACCUACAGGGUGUAUGUCAGUGCAACCCUGAAUCUGAAGUCCAAGGCAGACACCAAGAACCAGGGGAUAACUGGACACUUGGUAAGCCAUUUCAGCAUGGUAGAUCCCACUUUGAUCAUGCCUGCUUGAAAAUGUAACUAAACUGAAAAGAAUGUGCUAUAUAAAAUGAAUAUUUAGUAAAUGGGCAAGAUAUAAAUAGGUCACAGAUCUUUUUGAGUCAUCUCUGUAAUUCUAAGCACAAUGGAUUGAAUCUGGAUAGAAAACAUCUGCUGACAAAAGGGAUGAUUUUUCACACACAAAACACUCUGCAUGGCAUACCUCCAGUACAGCUCUUGCAUGCCGUUGCUGGAUCAGGGAGAAGUCACUUAUUUUCCAAGAGCAGGUUUGGGGCUGUAGUGGGAAGUAGAGAAGUCCUAGUCUGCUGCGAGAAAUACCUUCUGUCUGGAUAUUUUGCACAGGAUCUACUCCAUUACUUUGGAAAGAAGUUCUGUCAAAAGCAAUAAAGCUUAGGGCAUAGCCGUACAUGGGACACAGAUGUUUGUAACUAAUAUGUGGUUUUUGUGGACGUCUUCCGAAAGACGGGGGGAGGAGAAUUUCAGUAAUGACUCUUACUCCCAGGUAAGGGUGUAUGGAGAACCCUAAAAGCCAGCUGCAGUGUUCAACUAUGUAUGUACAGCCGAAAACAGAAUGUUUCAAAGCUGCUUAUAAAUUAAACAAAUCCAGAAACCUAAUUGGAUUGUUUAUAUUAUGUAUUAUAUACAUUGCAGAGGGACUUUGUUUUGUUUUGUUUGUAUGUAUGUAGAGUAUUUGGGACAAAAAUGGCUUGUAAAAGCAUGGUCUUAGGGACUCAGUCUAUUUUUUUAAAGAAGUUGAACCUUGGUUUGAAUUGUUUUCUACAAAGUUUCAUUUCUUAAUUGCACUAAAAUGUUUUAAAUGAGAAAUAAAAAGAUAAGGAUG